UGCAUUUUGCAUCCUUAAUCUUAAUCUUGUACGUGUGAGUAAAAUUUAUUUUCUAAGAGAAGUGCAAGCAGAUGACAAGCCAAGUUAACAGCCAGAACAAUGGAACUUCCAUUGAUCGUAGUCAAGUAAAAAUUUUGUUGUGUGACCGCAACGCUGAGAGUUGUGAAGAGGUUUCGACCCUACUGACAGCAUGCUGUUAUCAGGUAAUUUCGGUUGGCUCAGCUGUGAAGGUUGUGGAUGCUCUCAAUGAAGAGUGGUCUUCAAUUGAUAUUAUACUUGCUGCAGUUGACCUCCCAAUAGAAUCAAGCAUUGAGAUGCUGAAGUAUAUCAUGCAAGAUAGACAUUUCAAAUGUAUUCCAGUGAUCAUGCUGUCAACAAACCAUGAGUCCUCUUUUCUUCUCAAUUUCUUAAGAUUGGGGGCAACUGAUUACCUGGUCAGGCCAUUAUGCAUCGAUGAGAUACUGAACUUGUGGAUGCACUGCUGGAGGCAGCCUAAGGAACUUGACUGGUUGCCACAGAACAAUUUGCAAAUUUCAAGUGAAGACAGCAGCAAUAUCUUCGUCUAUAAUGACACAGAUGAAGAGUUCCUAGAGAAUACGAUGCAAACGUUGUGUGUAUCAAAAAGGAACUAGCAAGAUUAGCGGAAAUUUAUAUUGCAAAUACACGAUAGCAUAUAUGUGAAGUUUUAAUCAAGUUGUUCUCUGAAAAAAUGAGUGUGUGCUCCAUCAAUGAAAUCAAAGGCCAUCUCAGGUCCAAUGUUGCUAUAUAAAUUGUGAUACCUUUAUCCUCCCCCA